UCAAAGUGGGUUUGGAGCGUUAACGUGUUUUCCGCAAAGUGAAAAAGAGUGCUCACCACCGUCGAUAAGAUUCGAAUUGCGUCAAAUUAAAUAAAUGCGAAUAAAAUGUUCACGGAAUACCUUAAAAUAUGAUGAGAUUUCUGUACCCUUUUUGUGUUUUGCUCGUCGUUAUCCCUAAUCUGGAAGCGAAAUCCGUGCACGUCAAGGAACUAAAUAAAUGGACAUUGACAAAUGAGAACUCCUACACUGGCAGAAGCUUCUAUUUUCGCGUGAAUGGACAUCCAAUAUUUAUGAAGGGAGCCAACUAUGUACCAGCUUCUACCCUGCCAGAAUUGUCAGCAGAAUCGGAAACGGUGGAGUAUUUAUUAAAAUCAGCCAAGGAGGCAAACAUGAACAUGAUUCGAGUUUGGGGCGGAGGUCUCUACGAGUCGGAUACUUUUUAUAAUCUGGCUGAUUUCUAUGGCAUUUUGAUCUGGCAGGACAUGACCUUUUCCCAGGCUGCCUAUCCCCUGGCAGAAGAUUUUGUGACCUUAGUGCGUUUGGAGGCUGUGCAGAAUGCCCAGCGGAUUUCCUACCAUCCCAGCUUGGCCUUGAUCGUAACCAACAAUGAAAUAGAGCUGUUUUUGGUUCAAAACAAAACCGAACUUGGUGAAAACUAUGACCGUUUGGUAAAAGAUUAUAAGACUCUGUUUGUGGAUACGCUAAAGGAAGAUUUGAACAUAAUAUCCAGAUAUGAUUUUAGUCCUCGUCCAGGACCUAUGAUCUCUACUCCAUCCUUGGGAAUUGCUGAGUCAAGUGGGGACUUACCAGCAGACCCACAAAGUCCCAACUACGGAGAUGUUCACUUUUGGGAGGAUCAAAUGGAUGGCUUUGAGCCCGCAACCUAUCCUAAAGCCCGUUUUGUUUCCGAGUUCGGCUACGGGAGUCUGCCCUUGAUGUCCUCCUGGCAACGCGAACUGGAAAAUGGUGUGAAUACCACCCAAGAAGAAAUUGCCACACAUAUCCGCAACCGGCAGAGAGACCCAAAAGGAUUCAUUCCCAUAAUCCAGCAAAUUGUCAACCAACUGCCAUUCACUCCCCACAACUGGGACGAGAACAUUGAAAAGUUUAUCUACUUCAGCCAGGUGACCCAGGCCAUGACCAGCAAAAUGGCCGUCGAUGUAUUCCGGAGCCAUCGCACCGAAAAAGGGACAAUGGGAGCCCUUAUUUGGCAACUAAACGACGUUUGGGUGGCGCCAACCUGGUCGUGUAUUGAUUUCUACGGAAACUACAAACUGGUUCAGUACUGGGCCAAGAACUUUAUGGCCCCGACAACCGUAAUAGCUUUAUAUGAUGAAAAAUCAGACAGCUUGAAUGUCACCCUCACCCGGGAGGAUUAUUCGGAGCACUCGGACAUGCAGCUGUAUUCUGUGCAAAUAAACACAUACUUGUGGACGGAUUUAAUGGCAAAGAAGAAAAUUGCUCGUGAUUUUGGCCUGGGCUCUAACGAAUUGGAACUACGCCAAAUACCUCUUAGCUAUUUGGUCCUAGAUGGCCACUCCAAGUCGGAGAUAUUUUUUGAAAUUAUAUUGGAGAAUAAAAAUCGGACUACUUUGGCAAGAAACUUCUUUUAUCCAGUGGCCAUCAAAAAUAUUACGGGAAUUAAAAAUCCUGAUAUUCAAAUUCAGGUUGCUGGUCAAGAUUGCAGUUCUGCCAAAGCUCCGUAUGCCAAUCGCUUUAGUUUGCAAAUCACCGUAAAGUCUCCGGCUCUUCUGGUGUAUCUGGAGCUCACGCAUUCUAGUUAUAUGAGGAAUCGCCACCAGUUCUCCAUGAACGGUUUCACCCAAACAGAACCAAGGAGAACCGUGCAUUUAGUGAUCGAGAAUAGCUCCGAAUGCCUCACACUGACCAACAAUCAUAUUCGAGUUCAAACCAUGAACCAAUAUUUACUUUAAAUUUAAUAUUUAAUAUUAACCUCAAAGAUUUCGGAAGAAAGUAUUAAACAAAAUAUGAGUACAUUA